GACAACCCAGCCUGGGUGUCUCUGGUCACCCACCCAGAACCCCUGCAAAUGGGGCACCCAGGACCCCCCAAAUGGGACAGCCAAACCCCCCCAAAUGGGGCACCCUGCUGCUACUGGACACAGACAACCAGGCACCCAGAGCGAUGCAGACUCCCCAAAACUCUGGAGUCAUGAAGAAUUUGACAUCCCAGCACCACCCCACAAUCAUCUAAAACCCAUUGAGUGCACCCAGAACUGAGAAUCCUGGGGCUGCCUCAGGGUCACCCCGAACUCCAUGGUAAUCCGGAGCUGGGUGCCUCAGGGUCACACUAAAACUCCGAGGUGACCCCAAAACUGAGCACCCCAAACCCCCGGGGUCACCCAGAACUGCUCUUCCCCCUGACACCACGGGGCCAGGGCCGUUUUGGGGAUGCAGCAGCACACGGGCGUCCCCUGGGAGGCUCGCCCUGUUCCGGGACACCCACGUGCGUGGCUGAGAGGCGGCUCCCGGCACAGGUGAAACGCUGUUUUGGGGAGCAUUUCUGCAGCCGCGCAGAGCCGUAGCCCCAGCGGGAGGAGCAGUAUCCGUACCACGGGGUCCUGAUGCCCCUUGCCCCCGCACUCCUGCCCCUUGGGGCGGCCCCUGCUAACGCGGGCAACGCGGGGCCAUUGGGACAUCCCACACCGAGCAUCCGGCCGGCCCCGCGGUGAGAGCACUAGGGGCAUCACCCGAACACCGACGGUGUCACCUAGACCUCGGGGGGCCGGGGCGGACCGGGGCACUACAGCUCCCGGGGCGGAGGGAGGGGGGCCCGGCAGGAGGCGCCGUUAACGAAGCGGAGGCGCUGCUGUGCGCGGCGGGGCCGGCAGGGGGCGCCGUUAACGCACCGGGGCCGCCGUUAACGAACCGGGGGCGGAGCGGCGCGCGGCGGGGCCGGCAGGGGGCACGGUGCAGCCCCGGCCCCGUCCGGUCCGUCCCGGAUCCGGUAGCGGCAGCGCCCGACGGGGGCUGUUGGGGGUGUCCGGCUCCGCUCCCCCCGCUCGGUACCGGGGAACCGGCGCAGGGCACACGGCGGCGGCGAUGGACGGCGGGGCGUCGGCAUGAGGCGGCGGAGGCGGCGGGGAGCAUGGCGGCGGCGGGCGGCGGCGGGGCGCGGCGGGGGCUGCUGAAGCGGAAACCAAACUUCACGCUGCAGGAGCUGGAGGUGCUGAUGAGCGAAGUGCUCCGGUACGAGCCGCUGCUGUUCGGCGCCGCCGCCGGUACCGUGAACGCGUACGAGAAGCAGAAGAUCUGGUGGCGGAUCACGCACAAGGUGAACGCCGCCGGCCGCCACCAGCGCGACAUCGGCGAGGUGAAGAACCGCUGGCGGGGGCUACGCCGCCGCGCCGGGGACAAGAUCAGCCGGCACCGGCUGGAGCGGCAGGCUCCGGCCGGCAGGGCCGCCGCCAGGAACGGGAACACCGGGAAUAACGGGAGCAACGGGAACGGCGCGGCCGAGCCCGGCCCGGGGCCCGCCCCCGCCCCCGUCUGGGGUCCUCGCGGCGCCGCCGGAACCGACCCUCCGAUGCUCAGCGCCGAGAGCUCGGCACAGCACGGUGAAUGUGUCAAGGAGGAGCCGGUGAAGGAGGAGCCUGUGGAGGUGAAGACUGAGCCCUUCCACGGCCCUGCUGCCGACGGCAUUCCCGGCCGCGGCUCAGACUGUCGGCUGCCCCGCACCGGCAUCUGCCCGCCCAACGAGCUGUGCGAGGGCUGGAGCCGGAGCCCCCCGCGCUCCGCACCCUCCGAACUCUCCCUCGGCGACCUAGGCGGGCAGCAGGAGCCGCUGGGCUCCGACUUCCCGAGCCUGCUAUUGGAGCAGGAGGCCGAGCAGCUCAGUCACUGCGGCGCGGGAGAGGGGGGGCCCCCCGGGGCGGCGGGGCUGGACGGGACCCCCGAGUGCCCCCAGCUCAGCCUCGUGCAGUCCAAUGAGCGGCUGGUGCAGGAGAUGCGGGCGUUCCGCCGGGAAUACGCCGAGAGCCGUCGGGAGACCACGGCGGUGCUGCGCGGCAUCGCCCAGGCGCUGGGCGUGCUCAGUCGGAGCCUGGCCGAAAUCCGUGACCUCUACCUCCGGGAGCGGGGGGUCCCCAAAUCCUGAGCCUCCCACGCAGCUGGCUGUGUACACACACCCCUACCCCUCCCCCCAGAACCAACGUCGCUGCUUUUAUUAUUAUUUUUAUUAUUAUUUCUUUUCCUGUCCAUCCCACCUCAAUAAAACUCGGAGCUGCA